AAGAGGGUCCUUCCCAGCCCACAUCCCGGAAGGCAGCGCGGCACCUCUCUCUUUUGCCGCCAUAUUGGUUCGUCGCCGUGGGGGCCUGCUGGGACCAGGGCUUCAGGAGGACACCAUGACCGGGAGGCUGUGGUGCAAGGCCAUCUUUGCUGGCUACAAACGUGGCCUCCGAAACCAGAGGGAGCACACUGCCCUGCUGAAAAUUGAAGGUGUUUAUGCCCGUCAGGAGACAGACUUCUACUUGGGCAAGAGAUGUGCCUAUGUAUACAAAGCUAAAAACAACACCGUAACCCCCGGUGGGAAGCCUAACAGGACACGAGUGAUCUGGGGGAAGGUAACCCGCGCCCAUGGGAACAGUGGCAUGGUUCGUGCCAAGUUCCGCUCCAACCUUCCUGCCAAGGCCAUUGGACACAGAAUCCGAGUGAUGCUGUAUCCAUCUAGGAUCUAAAAUUUUUAUUGGAAAUAAAAUGGAGAAUCUGUUUAA